AUGCGAUUAGAGGAUUUAAUUGUCAAUAAUUCAUGGAAUAUUGAGGCCAUUAACUGUCUGUUUGGCAACAAUUGGAACUCUCCCAUCCUCUCUCAUGGCAAGAUUUGCUUUGAGGAGGCUAGCCAUUGGAUCUGGUUGCCUGCUUCAUCUAGUACCAACCUUUCUUCUAAAAUUUAUUCAUUUUUGAAUAGUAGCCAUUUGAACUGGACUGAUUGGAAUGGUUGGUCUAAUAUUUGGAAGCUUAAUGUUACUCCCAAAGUCAAAAUGUUUAUUUGGCUCCUGAUCCAUGGUAAGAUCAAAACAUUUGAGUUUCUUUAUAGGAUGAAUCUUGGUCCUCCUAAUUCUUGUAUUUUUUGUGGUCUGGUUUUAGAAUCUACUGAGCAUCUAUUUAGUAAAUGUCAUAUUACUGCCAGAAUUUGGAAACGGGUGGAAUGUUUGGCCAACAUUAAGAUUAAUUUGGUGGAUAUCUUCAACAAUGGUCAGUGGUUAGAUUUCUAUAUUCAUAGUAACUCCAAAUUUCUGGCUUCUAUUAUUGCUGCUACUUGUUGGCAAAUCUGGAAAUGUAGAUGCAACUGUAUCUUCAAGCAGGAUAACCUUGAUAUUAAUAAGGCAACCAAUUUGGCUUUCAUGCAUGUUAAAGAAUUCUCUUUCUCUCCUGCUAACCACAGAAUGCAGAUAUAUGUCAUGCAGAAUAGACCUUCACCUGGCUCUCUGGGGAUCUUCUUAGCAGCGGCAUGGAAUGUUGUUACAGGAUAUGGUCCUAGUCGUUUUGAUGGUGCAUUGGAGCUUGAAUCGCGCGCUCUUCAUUUGGCUCUGUCCCAUUCCAUUAACGCCUUGGUGAGAUGCUCAGACAUUUAUAUCAGUUCUGCUGGACUGUGGAGGAACAUUCACAAUGUGGCGGAGCAUAUCAGCUGGUUGCAACAGGACUUCAUCAUGGAUGUAAAGUUGCUCUUACAACAGCUGGGCCAUCCUCAUAUUGACCUUAUUCCAUAUCAGUGGAACUGCAUCGCCACUGGUUUGGCUGGUCAUGGCCUUCAGUUAACGCAAUUAUCACUCUUUCAUAGGGGCACGGAGAAGCCGAACUGGUUAAUGAAGUCGUUCUCACGAGCCGCCUUUUCUUUCUAA